UGUUUUAUAUUCAUUCAUGAUAUUUAUACAGUGUAUACUGUGUUUACCUCAUGCAUUUUCAAUGAACGACUUGACAAAUUUCUGACAUUGAAAAACGAAAAUGGCUCUCCGAUUGGGCCGACUUUUUCGGCCAAUUUCGCAGAUUGCAAAGGGUGCAGUCUUGAAACAAGCCAAAUCUGCACCAAUUGCUGCCACUCAAUGUUUGAGAUUUGAAUCAACAACUUCCCAAGAGAAAAACCCUAUGGCCAGACCCUCAGUGUCCCCUGAACGAAAGAAACAGCUGGAGGAUUUUGGUCAGUAUGUUGGUCAGUGCCUACCCAGGUAUGUUCAGAAGGUGCGUCUAAUGUCUGGGGACGAGUUGGAGAUUCUGAUCCAUCCAGAAGGAGUCCUUCCGGUGAUGGCCUUUCUGAAGGACCACCACAAUGCGCAGUUUACCAACAUUGUCGACAUAGCUUGUGUAGACGUUCCAACCAGAGUCUUUAGAUUUGAGGUAAUAUACAACCUGUUAUCAAUAAGAUAUAAUUCUCGUAUUCGAGUCCUUACCUACACGGAUGAGCUGACUGGCCUGGACAGUACCUGCAAGCUAUUCCCUGGAUCUAAUUGGUAUGAAAGGGAGAUUUGGGACAUGUUUGGCGUAUACUUCCAUAAUCAUCCCGACUUAAGAAGAAUUCUGACUGAUUAUGGAUUUGAGGGUCAUCCAUUCAGAAAAGACUUUCCUCUGUCAGGCUACACAGAGCUCCGUUACGAUGAAGAGGUUCGGCGUGUGGUGAUCGAGCCGCUCGAGAUGACUCAGGAGUUUCGACGAUUUGAGUACAGUACUCCAUGGGAAAGCUUCCCCAACUUCCGCCCUAAAGAUGAGACGGAGGCUGAAGCUCCUAUCCCUCAGGUGGAGUCUGGCGAGAAGAAGUGAUUGGACGAUAAAAUUAACUUUAUAACUAAACACCAUGCUGUUACAUGUAAAUAAAACUAUCUUGACAAUAAU